UCUGCCGACGAGACGCCCGACUCGACUCGCUGCCUGCUCAGUUUGUGUCGAGCUGCAUCGAGCGUCGGUCGGAUGUGCGUGCCGUUACGAACGCGUGUCGUUCCUUACUACAGCAGCAGCAGCAGCAGCAGCAGCAGCAGCUCAUCGACGCGACACACGCACUCGCAUACAUAUUCGCCAUGUAAUAACAUGCGGCUCCGACCACUAUCUCGCCUCUGAUUCAGCACACCGUACGCACGUCGGUGUUUACCUCUAUCAAUAAGAAAACCUCUGUGACAGUGUGUACGCGUGUUCUGUGCCCUCCAAGCCAACAACCCGAGCAAGCCGUUCUAUAUCCCCCUCUGUAAUACGUGUUCAGUGUUGUUCGAUGCACGCACUUUCAUCGAGCGCCCAGUGAAUUUGCUACAUUUGUUUCGUGUGCACCUGCGGCAUUCGGGCAAAUUUGCUCCUUGUUAAUUAAGUGAUCUACCACGAGGCCAGCCCUAAAAUAUCUUGUGUCGUUCGGUGUGGCGGUUCUCGUACCAGACAGUGAAAGACAGAAAAUUGAGAAUCGUCGUCGACCAGACGCUAGAAUGGUCGUUGCUCAAUGCCUCCAGACCAACCGUUGUACGGAUACUUCCAACUCCAAAUUGUGCAGUAGUUGUGAGAUGAUGGGUCUGCAGGCCACUUCAGGAAAACGCAAAUUAGAUGGAGGUGUUGGUUGUAUGGAUUUCGACAUGGAUUUGGCUGAAAAUCCAACAAAACUCAGCCGCAUGGAAAAUAAUUGGUGGUCGAUAGACGACAAUUUUAGCAGUUUAAACUCGUCGAGUUCGACUUUUUAUGAUUUGGACAUAAUUUCGACGAGCUGUGAAUCAUUGGUCUCGUCAGCAAGUAGCAAUUCUUGCAACCUCACAACAUCUUCCACGACGACAACGACGAGCAUCACCUCUACGCAGUCGUCGAGCUCGAAUUCUGCGCAACCAACACAUCACAAUCAUAACAAUCAGCAACAAACGUCGCCCCAGCAGCAGCAGCAGCAGCAGCAGCAACAGCAACAACAACAACAACAACAGCAGCAGCAGCAGCAGCAGCAGCAGCAACAUCAUCACCACCAUCACAAUCAUCACCAUAAUCAACAUCAACAGCAACAUUACUACCAGCGUCCGACUUACAUUCAACAGCAACAAAUGAUGCAACAUGCAAGGCUAAUGCAACAGCAGCAGCAUCAACAACAGCAACAACAGCAACAACAACAACAGCAACAGCAGUUGCAGCAACAAAUGCAUUGGCAGUACGAUGCACCGACGAUACGUAGAGAAGAAAACGGCAAAAGUUACCUCGAGCUCGGUUCGAGUUCGUACCGAGGUAACAGCAGCAACGGGCACACGAUAUUUGGCAACGGAGAUGACUCGGUCGUUUCAAUGUCAAACAGCGAACGUUGCUGCGACGGUUCGCGAAGCAGUUGGUGCAGGACAGGUAAAACGUGUUACAAGCAGCGCAGGAUAGCUGUACUCAACAUCUCGAUGUGUAAGCUCGCGAGGUAUCGACAGUUCCCGGACCCUUCGCUGCAUCGAUCCGUCCUCAUCUGCAACACGCUGCGGACCCUCGAGCGGGAGAUCGAGGAAGACGCAGUGGCACAAGCGACAUCGGAGCCUGCCACGACCAAUCCACCUAUGAUGCACCAGCCUCUAGCCCAGAUGCAGUCGCUCGAGCAAGGUCGUCUCACACCGUUCCCACCGAUGACGAGUUCUUUGCCCGAGACGGACGUGGACUCUGGACUUGGCGACAGUGACGAUAGCCGCUCAAUUAACUGGGGUAGCGUGCUCUCGCUUUCUAGCCAGUCGCCUCUCGAUCCGCUCAACAACAACGACCUUCUAGGUGGUGACAUUGUUCCAGAUCUCGACCUCGACUUCAUGCCUAACUGGAAGCCUCUUAGUUCGAGUCAAACGACCAGUAGUUGCUCCGCGUCGGAGGAGUCACAUCAACAGCAGCAGCAUUCCGUUUGUAGCGGCAGCAGCAUUAACGAGCCACUCAUGAGCGCUGUCAGUACAUAGCCUCAGACCAUUUUAACGUCGCUCAGUCAUCUUAUCGACUUUUACCCGCUGGGAUAAGCGGUAUCGGGAUUCGAGGAUGCCUUUGCGAAAUCUUAACGUGUCUUGGCAUCCCGAGCCCAGAAAGCGCGCAAUAAGCUGCUCUUGCGUAACUGAGGGAGUCGCAUUCUCUCAGGAGCAGCAUAGUCGACGACCGUCCAGAGACAAUCGCCGCGACGACGCUCUUCCGUUGGCCAUCCGACUUCCAAAUAUCUACUUCUUCUCUGAAGGUUGUGAACCUCUCACGAAAGCGCAUGAACCCACUGCUCAUAUCGAUUCACAGGGUUUUUUCUUUAAUUUUAAUCAAAGAAGCAUCUGCGCGUUGCGUCUUGUAACUGCAAUAAACCAAAUAUUAUACGAGCAGUGGGAAUCGCGACCUCAAGGCUCCAGGCCCAAUGAUACUCCCGAUUCUCAUGAGUAGUUGACGCACUAGAUUU